AUGGAAGUUGAUAAUGAAGGCAGUAAAAGGGUCGACUCAGCGGAAGGCCCAGCAACCAAGUCAGUACGCAAGUCCGUGGAGCCAUCAAUAAAGUUCAAAGGCAAUGAUGACAAGACUAAUGACAAGAAGAGCAAGCAGCUUUGUCGUGAGUCAUACGAUAUCACCCGUACUACUGAUCAUAAGGUUGUUACUAAGUGGGACGACGAGUAUCGCAACUUCUCGCCUUAUUCGUUCAGUAGUCCGUUGCACGAGCACACGACGCCGCUACGAAAACGCAGCUGGUCGACUGAAAGGUGA